AUGGAGAACGCGGAUGUGGCUUUGACUACAUCCAGUCUGUACUUAUCCUUGGCCAAUAUCGAAGCCUCGCUCUUGCUCGGCCAAAUCCGUCUCAUUCUUCCAAGCGAAGAUCUUAUGGAUGCUGUCCUGACGGAGCGGUCUGAGGUAACAGGGAAUGUUGUUUUUGUUCUGGAAUCAUUAUCAAUGGCUUCUGCUGUACGCAAUGACAUUUCACUCGAUGGUUUGGGGUAUCCUCCGUUCAAUUCUCGGGUUUUGCCAAGGCGGUCAACCGUUCAAGCCCAGCGGUUCGGGCAGUCACAACUUCGAUUAGGAGGCAGAGUUGGGAAGAUAUCUGGGCAUGUUGCUACGUUGCUAUUCAACCACACUGGGCCCAGAGAACCAAGUGAAUUGGGACCAUUUGAAGAGCAUCUCGGACGGACAGCUGGACGUUCAGCUCGAUUUUCUACUGUGGGGACGUUCUGGUCGCCGUUCAACGUCACAUGCAGCAUUGAAGAGGAGCCUACCUCGAACAAUGAAGGUGUUUCUUCAGGCGUAAAAACCUCUACCACCGUCGCUUUGACCAAGCUGAGGCUCGACCUACCCAAAACAGCGUUUGACGUGCUGGUAACCCGGGUUGUGGGAGUAAUUCAUGGAGCAGGUGCAAUAAGUCGGUCUGUUGCGGCGCCAGUACAGGCGAAUUUGAAGCCAGUUGAGUUGACACCGCCAAAAGCAGCCACGACACAGAAUUGCACGAAUCAGCACGAAAUGUCAUUCUCGUGCGAUGGAAUUGAAGUGAAUAUGCUGGAGGCGGGCGCAUCUACACAUGUUCGGGUUGGCAACAUCACUAUUGCGCACAAUUUCUCGCUGCUGGGCGGCAGUGCCUACGUUCAAAAUUUGGUCGUGGGACAUCGUGCAGCUGAUGAACCUAGGAGUCCUACACAAAAGACCGGUUCAAGCGAAGAAGUGGUGUUUGGGGCGAAUGCUGAGCCUAGUUUGUGGCAACUAACGGUGGAAAACUAUCCCGAAAAAAUGAUCGCUGCACGAUGGAAUUUCGGAGAACGCUCGGAGGGUACAUUGUUUCUCGAUGUGCAGGCAUACCAGCUUCACGUAUCCCACCACUUUAUAGCAGCAGUGUCACGAUUUACGCAGAUAAACCCCGAUCUGUCGUUUUCGACUUACAGCCCGAACAAGCUACCAAGAGAGCGAGUUCAUCACGUUCCGAAGCGCCAUCCGUUCGUGUUCCAGUCGAGGUGGAACGUCAAACUACUUGUAGCCCCAAGUGUGAUAUCAUACUGGAGACGGAACCCAACCAAUACGAGGGCUUCUGGAGUGUGGAUGACGUCUGGCCAGAUUUUCGCAAGUGCCAGUCUUGGAAGCGACGGAUCUGCUCAGCAAUCUCUACAGACCUCUCGGCAAGACGUCAAUGCGAUCAAUCGCUUUGUAGCCGUCCCCACUCUUCAGAUGAUGCUGAAUGUCGACAAGUUUGGGAUCAAUACUUCUUGGCAGCGUUUCUCGAAACAUAUCAGCACUGUGUCUGAGGCUCAGCGUCUACUGCAUGACUGCAGCAUUCGUGUUACUGGAGACCAGCAGCAAAUGGUGGAGCGAGUCGCACUUGGAGAACUGGGGGUCUGCUUGCUUCACACCGACAUUGCGCGGACAAACAUUCAGGCUGAAGUGAACGCACUUUGCGUGAAGCUAUCAUCAUUUUCUUUAGCGGCUGUUCAAUCUUUGCUAGCCAAUGCUACUCCAAGGAACGUCACAACGGAAAGCAUCGGUUGCAGUUCGGCUGAUGAUUUCAAAAGUCUAAGGCGGAUGGCUGAAGGUCGGCGACCUGCCCCCGGAGAGUUAGUCUUCACGGAGACCCUCUUGGUCGAAACUCAAAGUGCCCCAUCACCCAUUUCCGGUGCCAAGGCGCAUAUUCAAAUUGAGUCGAAUAACUAUGAUAUUGAGCUGGCCGAUGUAGUAUCCUACCUCGAGGACUGCAACGGACCAUGGAUCAUCGAAGAACACAAUUCUAAUGUGGAGGGAUCUGAUCUUCCGGGACUGGGAAACAAAACGCACAGCUGGAUGGGGAUGCGGUGGUGCUAUCACUUACCACGAAGUGUACACAAGAUCGUGGCUGAUCCGGUUCCACUUCCGCCUACAGGGGUACCAAGUGGUUGGCCCUCAUGGAGCUGGGACCAGAACGCAGAGAGCGAUGUCAAGCGGCUUUGCGAUAUUCUUUGCCAACUGCGGUGCUGGGAUAGCAGAAAAUGUUGCUACAUUCUCGUUUGUGAAUUCUAUGUUCCAUGGGAACGUAAUGGAGGUCUGGAUGAUGCGGACGAAUCCUACGAGCCAGGCAGUUUUGGAGAGCUGAUGAGCCAGUGGUUUGAUGACGAUAUGGAGCAAAUACGGUAUCGAGCAAAACUGCUCGACUUUGGCAGUCGCACGAGAACGUUCUCGUUUGAUACGCCACCUUCGUCAGACAACUGGGAGUUGAGAUGGAGAAGCCCGCUCCAGAGUGAACAAGAGCCUGAGAACAAACAAAAACGACUAGUGGUGAACGCCUUGUUGGCUUCCUCACUGCAGGUGAACUCUAUCUUAGACAGUGAUGGAUACCAGCGCAUAGUUGUUGGUGUCACGCUCCCCCAGGCUACACUAUCUGUUACGCAUGUCGGGGCCAGCAACGACUCCCACGAUAUUAUCACCACUGAACUUUCCGAUACAACGCUCUCCUGUGCUGUUUCCGGUGGUACGAGCCGCUCAAGGAUGCUGAAUCUGCGGGUUUCGUCGGCGAUACAAGUGUAUCUUGAUAACAUGGCGCAGCUCCUGACCGUAUCUGUCAUCCCAAGAACUACGAUUGACGCAAUGAUUGAGACUUCCUCAAAGGGCCUCGAGAUCUCGACGCUGAUUGGCCCUGUGUCCGUGUACCUGAAUCAUACGUCGAUGUUGGUGCUGUCUGCAAUUCCAAAGAUUUUACGGCCAGCGCCGAAGUUGGUUGAAGCCGAGUCCGACGACAAGUUUUCGAGCAUGCGGAUCAAGCUUGUAAAUCUCACCGGCAGGGACAUUUGGUAUCGUCAAGAAGGGACAACAGAGAGCUUGCUACUGACUGCACAUGCAAAUACUGCAUACAGCUGGCUUUCGUUGGCUAACAGUCCAUUUUACCAGCUUCGGUUUGCGCUGGAAGAUCCAACCCACGCAGUCCGAAGGGAAUCUGCCAAAGAGAAGCAGCAGAUUGGAAAUGAUGAUUCACCUUGGUGUGACCCGUGCAGGAUCAAGGAGAAUAGCGUUACUGGGCGGUUCUUUGGCAGUCAUGGAUUUAUGUGGAUUUGCGUGGAGCUGAAGGGCUUGCAGGCAAUUGUCACGCUGCGUUCACCGUUGACAUUUAGCAACUUUUGCGACUUUCCUGUUCGUGUCCGGGUAAAUGGAGAUGCUCAUGAAUGCGCAAGGUCUGAUGAACUCUAUCAAGAUUCCCGCGCUGUUAAACAAAACGGCAAGUCUCAUUCCAACUGUAUUUCGCUGGAUGGGGCAUCAUGCACUCUGUCUGUAUCAACGAGCACCAAGGACAAUGUGUCACGCAUAAUGGUGGAGUCAGUAUCUAGCAUCGACCUUGGUGUUCAAGGCGGCUCAUGGUGCUCUGUGUCAAAGCACGACAACAUUCCUAAUGAGUUUGACCUGGUGAAAAUAAGCGAUGGGCAAUUAGACGGGUCCAAGAAGUCGCAAUGCAGCUUUGUAGUGCUGCAACCUGGUGAUGCCGACGAAACAACGCAUUAUGCGUGGAUUAAGGUGGGCCGUGCGCAGUGCAGGGCAGUACUUCCAACUGAUUUUGAUCCACUGCAGCCCCAAGUAUCUCGACGCUACACGUGGAUGGAAGUUUCGUUGUGGCCUGCCCUUACACUGGAGAAUAGUAUGGAUAUUCCUGUCUCUUUCAGCUUUUUCCAGAAGGUAAGGAAGGCUAUCUAG